AUGAGAGGAAGAGCAACCGGAGUGGAGCAGAAAAUGUCGAGUGCAGUGCGACCAGAGAUCCAAAAUCGUCGGUGGUGGAAUAGUAGAUGGAAGUGCUGCCAGAGGGGCAAUGAAAUGAAGAAUGAAUAUGAAUUCCUUAAGGAGAUUGGACUCGGUUCGCAAAACCUUGGUUGUUAUAUUAACGGUGUGUGGCAUGGAAAUGGUCCCGUGAUUUCCUCUGUAAAUCCGGCCAACAAUCAGAUAGUGGUCGAAGCAUCUGUUCAAGACUAUGAGGAAGGCAUGCAGGCUUGUGCUGAGGUUGUAAAGAUGUGGAAGCAGAUUGGUGAUGCCCUGAGAGCCAAACUCCAUCAUCUUGGUCGGCUUGUUUCUCUUGAGAUGGGAAAAAUACUAGCUGAAAGAAUUGGGGAAGUUCAGAUGUUUCGGUUCGCCAGGAAAUUGUACAAUGAGUGGUGUGCAACUGUAAAGCCUGGAAAGGAAAUGUUUAAAAGAUUUACUGCCAUGUCAGGGAUGAUUUGCUGCUUAUCAAAUAGUAUUUCCCCGUUUGUUCUGACUUUCUCCUCCUAUUUGCCUCUGCUGUACAAGUCUUAG